AUGGGGCUGAAGCUUCAGUCAGAGCAGAAGGAGGCGCUGAAGCAUAGCAGGUGGUGGGAUCCUAUCUGGAGAUGGGAGCAGAUCGAGCAGCUCAAGGACCCGGAGAAGCAGUUUGACAAGGAGGCCCUGGAGAUGGCGGCGAUGCUGGGCAUCGAGGUGGAGGAGUACGUAAGGAGUAUGAGCGGGACGGCGAAGGUAUCGCUGUCCUCCUCCGCCUACGACGCCAUGCUGGUCAUGUGCGUGAGAGCAGCGCAGUCCGGGGACCUGCUGGGGAUGGUGCAUGCGAAGGAGGUGCUGUCAAAGAUGGAGCAGGUGGGAAUCAGUCCAGACGUGGACUUGUACAACCAGGUGCUGUCAGCUUGCUCAGCAGCAGCUGGAGGGGUGAUGAGACCUUGCCCGGUGAGGAACGACACAGAGGAGAGGAGAGACUUCAUCGACAUGGCAGUGAAGGUCGUGUCCUACAGUGGGGGCAAGGUGGACAGUACGGAGUUCGCGAGCCGAUGGAGGACGAUGUUCCCAAAUGCGUCUAUCCACAACUACACGUACACUGAUGGGAAGAAGCAGUCGACGUGGAAGGCACUUGCACAGUCUGCAAGGUUUGAGGUGGAAGAUGGAGAGGAGGGCAAGAAGGUGAUCGUGCUGAGGAGGAAGGAUGGUAAGGACAGAAAGAAGUCCACAACUACCAUCUCCUCCUCCUCCUCCUCCUCCUCCUCCUCCUCCUCCUCAAGGAAUCCAUGGAUCCAGGUCGGACUGGAUUUCCUAGGGAGCAUGAGGAGGAACAAGGUUGAGCCGAACGAGCAGACUUACAACAUCCUUAUCAGCAUGUGCGCGAGAGCAGCGAAGGAGGGCGAUGACGAGAUGAUUGACCAGUCGUUCAGAUUGUUCGAUGAGAUGAAGAAGCGAGGUCUUCCUGUAAACCAGCAAACGCUCAAUGCUCUGAUCAACGUCUGCGCAAAGUCGAACAAUCUGGAUCGUAUGAGGGAGGUCGAGAAGGAGUAUGAGACGGGAAGCUUCACUCCUGACGUGUUUGUCUUCUCGGCAAGGAUGAAAGCUGCGAGAAGUUGUCAGGGAGUUAUGGAGGUGUUGGAGGAGAUGAAGAAGUUUGGCGUCAGUCCAAACCUCGCAAGUCUCAACACAGCUCUGGUUGCAAUCCAUUCUCUGCAGGGAGGAGGAGAAGGUUUGAAGUGUGCGAGGGUCGUGAUGGAGCAGAUGAGCAGUCUGAACUUACAGCCUGACGCGUCAACGUACACAACCUUCCUGUCCAUCAUGGCGGGAGCUGCGAAGAAGGAGGAGGAUGGGGAGAAAUUUGCAAAGGAGGCGAUCGAGAUGUUUGGGAGCAUCAAAAAAUCCAAGGCUGUGAAGCUUGACGUGCGCAUGUACACGACAGUCUUCCAUGCUCUCAUCGGAAUCGGACUGCAGAAGCACGUGUUCAAUGAAGAGAUGAGAGGAGCCAACAUGAGCAAGUUUGCACUGAAGCACUUGAUGAGCAUGAAACAAGAUCAGGUCUCCCCUGACCGCCGGGCGUUUCAUGCUUGCCUGUCCGCCAUGGCUCUAGCCGCCAAGUUAGGAGGGAAGGAGACGAUUGGUCAUGUGAACGAGGUCUGGAAGAUGAUGGAGAAGUCAAGAACUCCUUUUGACCUGGCAUGCUACAAAACUCUCAUGGAGGCGUACUCGAACGCUAUUUGUGCAAGGAAUGGAUCUGUUUAUGUCUUGGAGGCAGAGAAGGUCCUGGACAGGAUGAGAACCGGGGGUCGCAUGCCGGACUUUCAGUCCUACAUGACAGUCUUGAAGGCAUAUGAGAAUUCUGCUGUGAGAGGAGGAAAAGUUGUCGACUACCAUAGACGUGCCCUCGGACUUGUUGUUCGGAUGCAGAGGGAGAUGGUCAAGCAGAUCCAACCGGACGAAGAGACUUUCGCCAAUCUUCUUCAAUGUGCCCUAACAACUGCGGAGGUCAAAAUCAUUGAGAAAUUGAUGGAGAAAGCAGGGGUCGAGAAAACAGGCGUAAUCUGCACAUCUUGCAUCGACACAUUGUCAAGAAAUCCGAUUCAAGAAGACAUUGAGCAUGUCUCGCAAACCAUCGAAGAGGCCAGGAAAAGAACAUAGUAACUUCGAACAUGAUGAUGGCUGUCUUCGACUUCUACAAGGCUGCGAGAAUGAGCGAGGAGGCGCUGAAAUUUCUGCAGCAAGCAAAGGAAGAUAAAAUUCCGCUGAACAAGUUCGUUCUUUCUGCUGCCCUAAAGGCUGCAGUGAGAGCGAGAGACAAAGAGGCUUCGGAAACAAUCAUUACGGACCUUGAAACGAAUCACCAACCACUUGGAGAUCUUGUACGAGCACAGAUAGAUCAUGUGAGAAAAGUUUUCUCAACAUAAACCCAAAGCAGCAAG